GUUUGUUUACAUUACGUCGCAGCCCCUGCACCCUUGGGUUUAUCACUUGCACAUAGUCGCUGAGAGACAAGGUUACACAACAAUCUGAGGAUAACAACGCAUUUCCAGAAACACAUCGAGGCUAAAGAGGCAUUUGAGCAGGGGAGUGUUACUAGAAACUAUCACAACCAAGAACCUCUUCAGAUCUGUUACCUCUUCAGUACCACAUUCUACAUUUAACCAUGGUAGACAAAAUGGCGUCUUUCGGACAUGCGCUGCUGCGCCGUCGUAUUCUGGACUGCUCUGGGGAGGAAACUCGUUUUGCUCGCUGCCUUUCCACUCUAGAUCUAGUGGCACUCGGUGUGGGCUCUACACUUGGAGCUGGAGUGUAUGUUCUAGCUGGGGAGGUUGCAAGAGAGAAAGCCGGUCCUGCUAUCGUCUUAUGCUUCCUCGUGGCCGCACUCUCCUCCAUGCUGGCUGGACUGUGCUAUGCAGAGUUUGGAGCACGAGUGCCUAAAACAGGGUCAGCAUACCUGUACAGCUAUGUAACAGUGGGAGAGAUCUGGGCCUUCAUAACUGGUUGGAACCUCAUUCUCUCGUAUGUGAUAGGUACAGCUAGUGUGGCACGAGCUUGGAGCUCCACUUUCGAUAAUUUGAUUGAGCAGAAGAUCUCAAGCUUUUUUAAGGCGUCCAUGGCCAUGAAGGUUCCUGGGAAGGUUCUUGCGGAAUAUCCAGACCUAUUUGCCCUCAUUCUCAUCCUUCUACUGACUGGACUACUUGCUUUUGGUGCAAGUGAGUCUGCUUUGGUCAACAAGAUCUUCACUGGGAUAAACCUGGUAGUUUUGGGCUUUGUCAUCAUCUCUGGCUUUGUUAAGGGCAACACAGCGAACUGGAAUCUCACAUAUCAGGACUUCGUCAAUGAUACCAAUAUCACCGAACCAGAACAGGUAGAAAGCACAUUUGGAAGUGGCGGUUUUGCUCCGUUUGGCUUCGGAGGAAUCUUGUCUGGUGCUGCCACCUGUUUCUAUGCCUUUGUGGGCUUUGAUUGCAUUGCUACAACAAGUGAGGAAGCCAAAAACCCAAUGCGUUCCAUCCCUGUGGGCAUCGUGGCAUCUCUGCUCAUUUGCUUCUUUGCUUACUUUGGAGUGUCAGCCGCUCUUACACUCAUGAUGCCCUACUACAAACUCAACACCCAGAGUCCGUUGCCUGAGGCCUUCAGUUACGUGGGCUGGGCACCGGCACGCUAUAUUGUAGCAGUGGGUUCACUCUGCGCCCUCUCUACAAGUUUGUUGGGCUCCAUGUUCCCCAUGCCUCGAGUGAUUUAUGCUAUGGCAGAGGACGGGCUGCUCUUCCGUUCCCUUUCCAGGAUGAACAAGAGAACCAAAACUCCGUUGCUGGCGACUGUUGUGUCUGGAAUAGUGGCAGCUCUCAUGGCAUUUCUCUUUGAUUUGGCUGCAUUGGUUGACCUCAUGUCCAUAGGGACAUUGCUGGCUUACUCUCUGGUGGCUGUGUGUGUUCUCAUCCUCAGGUAUCAGCCAGGCAACCUGAGUUCUUCCAGUCAGACUGAGAAACUGGUAGAACUAGUUGGUGGGGAGAAAGUGGCGGUAUGUGGAGACAGCGGAGAUGAAUACGGCAUAGAUCUGGAUGACACUCCUCGCAAAGAGAAGUUCUCCCUGAAACUCCUCCUGGUUCCCUCUAAGGACUUGCCGACUGAAACCUCUGGGACUAUUGUCUAUGCUACAACCGCUGUCAUCUCUGGGCUGAUAACCAUGCUGUGCGUGGUCUUGGCUGUGCGUCUGGAGGCCAUGAUGAAUGGCGAGAUCGUGUGGGUGACGGUGUGUGUCAUUCUGGCCGUGCUGUGCUUCCUGUGUGUCAUUGUAAUCUUUAGACAGCCUGAGAGCAAGGAAGCUCUCACCUUCAAGGUGCCUCUGUUGCCUUGGCUUCCUCUCUUCAGCGUCUUUGUCAACAUCUAUCUCAUGAUGCAGCUGGACAUGGCCACCUGGUGUCGUUUCACUGUGUGGAUGGGCAUCGGUUUUGCAAUCUACUUCGGCUAUGGUAUCUGGCACAGCACCGAGGCCAUGAACAGCUCCAAGCGAAAAUAUGAGCCCCCCCUUCAGAGCAAAAGCCCCAUCUAUCUAGGUGGGGAGGAGGGUGAGGUGGAGGGGAUUUCUCCCUGAUCGCAAGACAAGUCAGACGGGCAAGCCGUGUUAGGUGUCCUGCACUACAUAUUUCCGUUGAAGUCUGCAGAUUUAAUGUGAAAGUCAUUCUUGCUUAUUUAUUGUAGAGACUGUCCCCUAACAUCUCAAUUCUCAAAAUAAUAGCAAAUGUUCUUCUUAGAAGAACCUUAAAGAGUGUUGCAGAGUUGAGACUUUCUGUAGCAUCCGUUAGAGGUUGUUACGCUGCCUUAGCCCCCAGUACUGUAGAUAGAUGUCCCUGGGGCAGCUGCUGUAAUCUCAAGUACUGUAAUGGCCAUAUUGUCUGGUAGACAAUGAGCUGACUGUAAACAGGGUAUUUGCGAGCCUGAAAACAUUGAAUUUUUUUUCAGGAUCUAGCUCAAAAUACAUUGGAUGUGCACUAAAGCCUUUGCCUGCUGCAAAUUCCAAAAUGGUCUCCUUCCACCCGUGUGGUUUCCUGGCAUUCGGUUGUGACGUAUGACUAUAGGGACCUCUAGUGUUCUAAGUGCAGAAUGCAAGUGCAUUUAAAACAAUGUUCAAAGGCAAUACAGGAAGACAGUAUUUGUGGUCUUUGGUUACUGUUAAGACAAAACAAAAUUGAAGAUUCAAAUGACUGAAAAAUUUGAAGUGUUUUUAGAUUAAAAUGAGGCUUCUGAAGUUCUGAAAAGUGCUGUUUUCACCCUGUGUAAAUGAGUUCUCCUCAGAGUAUACAGAUAGAAGAACUAUAUUUUGGGAUAAUGAUAUUGGGCAUUAUGGUAUAAAAAUAAAUUAAAGCGCAUGUGUGAGUUUUGAAUGGAUUAUGAGAGAAUGCGCCAGAGAAUGUGUUCCCUUUACUCCAUUUUACAAAAUACUGUUUUUUUUUUUCUUUGUUUUUUUUUUUUUAACUACAGUAACUUCUUAUAUA